AUGACCGGCCCUUCAAGCCGAUUCGAUGAUGGCCGCGUCGCCGAAGGUCAAUCUGGUAACGACGGUAAUGAAGAAGACUACGACUGUGACUACUACCACUACGAUUACUAUAACUACGAUUACUAUAACUACGACUGCGACGAUGAAAAUGAUGGCGACUAUGAAGAUGAAGCCGAAGACCACGACAACCACGGCUAUGACCACGACCACAAUAAACAACAGGAAGUCGCCCAGGGAAACGACGACGGUGACGGCAACGAUGACGUAGAAGAACUAGACGACGAGUUUGAAUAUGUCGUUACUGACAUGCAAGGCCAUCUUUGGUUUCAACCAUGGGCACUUCCAAAGCUCAGGCGCCAAAAUAACAUCCUUGACUGGCAUUCUCGUCAUGAGGCAUACGAACCUCUCUGGGCCGACAGCGAGAUAGAAGACGCCUAUUGCAUGGCAAUCGAGAAGGUCUCUGAUUUCAACAACCUUCCGCUUUGGUCUGGGGUUAGCUCGAUGGAGAACGACGUCGUUAACGACGACAUUGAUUUCGAUUUACAUCUUGACAAGAACGUCUACACCACUACCGACGUACGUUCAUUCGAAGAAGCCCAGAAGAAGUUUAGCUUCAUCCGCAGACACUUGUCCGAUGUCUACGAGGUCAACCGCUUCCUUCGAUCUGCAAGUCCAUCGAGUGUCGAGAUCUUCAAGAAGAUUACCCAGGGGUACGACAUCGUCCUUCUAUCACCGGCGACGAGAAACAGAUCAAACACUUUCCAUUAUCGCGACGUUGUAUUUCAAGAGGCACUCGAGUUCAUGUCAACCUUGCCAGACGAAGUCCAGUCUCAAGCGAAGACCAAAAUGGCUAAGAUCCAGUCGGACCUGGAGUACACUGACGAAAUUUCCAAACACGUCGUCCAGGCCAUGCAAUACCAUGAAGCGAUCACCGACCAUAGCCGUCGUAACCUCGACAAUGUAGUUUCAUUCACCCGACAGACGAUCUCCCGGAAUGGUUUCUCCAGCCUCUAUCCCACCGUCAAGUAUACUGCGCUACCUGCCCAGGAUAUUCAAUUCCCUACACACACGACGUCGUCUGCAUCUGAAAACAAAGGGGGUGAAAGGAAAUCUGACGCAUCCCCUCUCUUGGGACCAUCAAACUUUGAAAGCUUCCAUGAGUGGCUUGAAUACUAUAUAUCAAAAAAUCCAUUUGAAGUUCCAGACGCCGACAACAGGGUUGAUUCAUGA